UUUAAGGAAGAACCCAGAAGAUCUACACUGGAGUACAGGGAGCCCAUCACUGAAGAACCUGAUGGAAGAAUCAGAACACUGCUUGCUGAGGCCUGGGAAGUGUCACUCAGGUACUCACUUAUCUACAAACCCAAACAAGGAAUAUCUGGAAAAAAUCCUGCAAGUCCACCUGAGCAGGAAGUUGGAGCUAAUGAAGGAAGGCAUGAUCCCUCUGUGUGUGCGUAAAUCCUGGCUUGCUACCAACCAUGAUUUUCCCAAGUCCAACACCCACAUGAAACCCAUACAUAAGGCACCCAGUGAGGGUCAGCCAUCCAGGGUGAACACCUCCCAGGAGCUUUCCUUCCUUGAUCCUAAAAGUCACCAGGUGCUAGAAACCGGUAUGAUAAGGUACCGAGUGAGGCACAGAUGGGAUCCACACCUUCAGGUCCUUGAGUCAAUGAAUGUCAAUUUAAGUGAGGCUCCAGCCUCACCCUUUCCACAGCCUGCCAUUCCUUCCUCAGGUGACUAUGUUGCAAAGGUGGCCAAUUUCCUGGAAGAACUUCCUCAGAAAGUUCGAAAAGAGAAGGUGAUAAGAAAAAUGUCACUAGCUACCCUGCAGAAUCAGUUCCCUGCCCACACACCUGCAGAGCUGCAGAAGGCAGAGACUGUGACCCCAUCUGGUGGACAAUGUGUGCUGGCAGAAGCCCAUCCUCAUGAACAGGAGGACAGCUUGUCCUUGCAAUUCAGCUCCUACAAUUUCAAGAACAGAAUCCAGCUGAGUAGGACUGUCCUGGGAACUGGGAUAGGCAGUAUUGAGCCAGGUCUGAGCACAGCAAUGUACAGGCAUGAUCUACUAGAAGAGAGAGCUAAUGAGGCAUCAGGAGACACAGGCUUGAACCUGACAUUGCUGGAGAUCCAGUCAGGGUCUCAACCUUCAGUGACCAAAGAGAUAGUGCAGGUGGAGGACAAGCUGUCCCCUGCAUCGGACGUGAACAUGGAAACCAGUAAGAUGGCAAACUCCCAAAUCAUAAAUUUGGAACUGAAGGGUUCAGAGGUGCCAGGGACCAGUAACAUCUCCUCCCCUACUAGAUUUUCUAUUUGGCAGAACCCUGUAGAUACAAACCUGAAAGCACACGUAGUUAAGGUGUUUGAAUCUCAACAGGAGAUGGAGUUAGCGAAGGAGUCACAGGGCAUGGCCCCUGGCAUCCGUUCGGAUUGCCAAGUAAACGUGCUCCCCACCACAGAUAGCCCACAUUCUCAGUCCUCUUUAUCCAGUUCCCAGUGCACCUCUAGCAGCAAUGUGGUCACUUUUCAGAAUCCAUGUGACCACUUCAAGAAGGAAGUGCACAGGCUGGUCCAGCAGGAACCACAUCUCACCAGAGUUAAGGUUACAGGAAAGAAGAACACAAAGAUGUUAGAUGACCCUGAUAGGAGAGAAGACUGUGGGAGGCUGACACAAGGACAACUGGAAGAAAGUUUUGCAGCAGUGAGGUCCUCCCAAGCUGGGGGGUUGAGCCCCCAUGCUAAGGUCAGGGAAAUAGUUGCCACUGGGAGCAAGUCAUCCCCAUGCCUACCACAGAAGGGACAAGCUCCUCCAGAAAGCCCUAUCAAAAGGAAGAUGAAGAAUAUUUUGCAAUACUUUAACAUUAAUACAAAAGGCAAAGGUCAGGAAGACUCCCAGCCAAAACAUGAGCACCCAUCAUCCAGUACCCAGAGCCGAGGGUCUGUCACAAGCAGAGUCCUCAUGGAUGGUGGGGAGGCUGAAGCUCGGGUGCUCACGAAGGUCGUUGAGCAGAUCAUAAUGGACAAGCUGGGACUGCAGCUUCGAAGUGGCCCAUCAGAGUUGCGCUGGCAUAAAGAGAAACCCCAGGCCCUCCUGGGCAGACAUUACUACUACAGCAAUCCUCGUGACCCAGGGCCAAGUCGAGUGAUGACGAAUACGUGCUGUUGUCACCAGGACACUCACAAGGGCCACAGUCACCUUAUGAGGAACAGAUGGACCACAGACCAGGGCAGAAUAGAACAUGCUGCCCAGAGACCCUGUGUCUUCACCCAGUACCUCCCAGUAUAGGCCAGGUGAGAAAGGUACCUAGGGCCACCUUCUCAAUUACCCAACAUGGUGGCUUUAGAAAGAUGUCGUGUGUGGUUAACCAGAUCCUGUUUCUCACAACUCUCCUGCUGUGAAAAGCUUUCUCAUCUCCUCACAUAAACAAACCCGCUGUAUGCUAAUGACUCUUUACCAAGACAUAUACUGUUUCCUAAUAAAUAUGUUUUCUCCCGUAAGAGGGAUGAGCUUCUCUGCAUCAUGCUGGGUGUAGGGAAGAGUCAGCCUCUGGCCUUCCUCAGAGCAGCUUCUAAAAGGAAUGGGGCACACAGGGAGAAGACAGUGGCACUGAGGAUUCAUCCUUACUCUAAAUACCCUCAUUGCACCUUAAGUGUCUAUCAUGCAGUCACUAAAGGAACAAACUGUAGAAAGUCUUUGGAUUUGUCAGGAUCUGUCAACCAAAACAGAUCCGAAUCCAGAGUCUGUCUCAACCCACCUCCCAAAACUUUCCCUCUACCUCUACCUUGAACUUGUGUAGCUGUGGAGCAAGUGAACAAAGGAACCCGUGGGCCACGUACCUCCAUGUGUCACGAAGAGGGUGCAGGCAGGAUCAGAGUUGAAGGGAUCUUGCCCUUGUAUUUCCUGCUGAGGAAAAGACAACGCAUGUCUCAGGAGCCCCUGUACUUUCUGAUGGAGGCUGGGAUGGUGAUGCACCCUGCCCGCCCUUCUUAGCUCAGCCUAGAAGUCAUGGCAGUGACACCCUGCUUUCCUCUCUCUGUAGACCAAUGGCCAAGAUGGAACUUGCAGUGUGGCACUGGCAGUCACAGGACAGAUGCACAGGUGCAUGUUACCCUCCCCAACUGUCACCUGCCUUCCACUCUGAGUGGACCUGUGUAUAUUAUAUCCAGCACAUGGUGGGGACGAGACAGGCCCAGA